UGGCGACGGCAUGUUUGGGUUUGCGGAAGGAUCACGUUAACAUCUCUCUCUCUCUAGUCUCAUUCUAACUCUCUGUCUCUCUCUCUGUCUCUCCUUCUGACUCUGUUUCUUCUUUUCCUGUCCAGCAGCAUUUUUGACAUCGAAGAAUUUUACGAGACCCUUACGCAACGUCCGUUCCCAACCGCAGUGGAGAGAAUUCCCGUUCACUUGUUUCUCUCAAAACGAAACCAAUUCGAAAAGAAAGAUCGAGUCGAAAACAAAGUUGGCGGUUUGUGUGUGCGGCCAGUAAAACAGACGAAACAGGAACACGCACAAAAGAGACGAGAAAUGCCUCGCUGUUUCAUGCCGAAGAAACAGCUGAAAAACCGACAAGGAUUGACGGAAAGAGCGGCUGGCCGGCGGUCUCCCAGUCCGUGCGUCGAUCUUCCGCCUCCGCCGCCUCCUCCGCCGCUAUUGUCGCCACCACCAGCAUCGCUAGAGCGCGAGACCAACGGAGACGACGAACAAGAGACCGUCACCGCUAAAUCGACAUCCAAUGUUUACCGUCCGCCGACGCCCGUCAAUCAUACCGGGUUCGGUAUGGAAGUCGGAUCAGUACGCAUCACAGCGUUGAGCGCCGUGAAAGGCGAACCGAUGCCGGCCCGUGAGAGUGUCAUCCAUCGGGCGGUGCGCUUCGAUAGCGACGUCGAGGAGGCCACGACUGGAUUGUUGCAAUUGGCCAGACGCACCGACACGCCCGAGUCGGGCAUCGGCAGUUGCAGCGAGGAGGAGAACCAUCACCAUCAUCACCUUGUUCACCAUCCGCACACGACGACGCCGACGACAAAUCCGCAGCCGGAAGAAACGAAUCGACCAUUGACGCCCGUCCAGCCACCAUCCAGUCCGGUAAGCCCAACAAGUGCGAACGAAGUUGUGACUAGUCCAACCAUCCGUCAGCAUCCGGUUAACCUCCACCAUCACCUGCCGCACAUUCAUCACCAUCACCAUCCAAUGUAUGCGGUGGGCGAGAAACGUUACGAUCCUAACGAAUGGUAUCCUCCUGUAACCAUCGAACCUGUCCAACCACCGGCCAUGCCCAUUCCGAUUUCUCACGUCUGGGAAAGAGAACGGCCGGCUGACCUUUACCGGCCGUAUUCAACGAGCGUCGAAGUGCAGCGGAGAGUGCAGCCGUUCGCUAGCGAGUUGUCCAGUUACCAUCACUUGCAUCACCACCAUCUUCAUCACCACCAGUUGUCGCCACAGCAGCAGGUGAGCGGAGUGAUGAUGGACAGAGAGCCGCAGGACUUGAGCACCGCCCACGCCAUCCUGGACUUAAGCACGGCACACAUCCGUUCCAGUCAGCAACAGCUGCAUCAUCAUCAUCAUCACCAUCAGGACGAAGAAGAAUCCGAGAGUCCGAUGGAAAUCACGCCGGACAGUUCGAAAACGCCGCCUCCAUCUCCGGCCACGAUGGCACUGGCAGAUCCCAGUCCGAUCCCUCCAGCUCUUGAGAACGAUUCGACGUCCAGUUCUUCCCACUGCAGCAGCAGCAGCAGCAGCAGCAUCGGCGGAGCCAGCACAGAAUCGAGCGGCCACACGCGGGCGAACGGCGGCAACAAAUCGGCGACCAGCAAAACAGUGGCCUACACUUACGAAGCGUUUUUCGUCAGCGACGGACGGUCAAAGAGGAGGAACAAUCCUUCGGCUCAGCAACAGGGGUCCGGCGGAAGCAACAGCAGCAAAAGCGGAGGCAACAGCAGCGACAGUGGCAUUCAUUUAGAGACGGGCGCUAAGCAUUUAGCCAGGGCCGUCUCGUCGACGGAGAAACACGGAAGCACUUCUUCAUCUCCUACACCCAAUCCAUCUUCACGUUCCGGUCGUUACGUUUGCGGCGAAUGCGGAAAGGCGUACGCGACAUCGUCCAACUUGUCCCGCCACAAGCAAACGCAUCGCAGCCUCGAGUCCGGCUGCGCUCGAACGUGCCCCACUUGCGGCAAGGCCUACGUCUCCAUGCCGGCCCUGUCCAUGCACCUGCUGACUCACGCUCUUUCUCACGUCUGUCCCGUCUGUUCGAAGGCGUUUUCUCGGCCGUGGCUGCUGCAGGGUCACAUGCGCUCGCACACGGGCGAGAAGCCUUACGGAUGCGCUCACUGCGGCAAGGCGUUCGCCGACCGAUCUAAUUUGCGGGCCCACAUGCAAACGCAUUCGGCCACCAAGUCGCACCACUGCGGCAAAUGCCACAAAGCCUUCGCUCUCAAGUCUUACCUGAACAAACACCUGGAGUCGUCGUGUUUUCGAGAUAGUCCCACACCUAGUCAUUCCGAGUCGUCGUGCGACAGCAUGGGUGCCGAUUCUCACAUGAUGUCUAUCGACACCAAAGUCACCAAAGCCGUACCAGUCACGUGAAACUACUCGUUUGUUUCAUUUUUAAUUCGUUGGCAAUAACUUUUUGAUAUGCCUCUCAUUUCUGUUGUGUGUCGGUGUGUGUCUGUGUGUUGGGAGGAGUCCCCUAUGUAAAUAGAGCCAGACAGAAGACGUUUCUGGAACGGUUGAAGCCUGAAAAUGAGACAAAGGGGGACUUGUCUAUACACGACGUUUACAUUAUAGAUAGAGGUAAUUAAGUAAUAAGCACUGAAUUUUCAACCAAAACAUGUCUGUUCCCUUCGUGCUCUCCAUAGGGAAACUCUUUCUCUUUCUCUUUCUUUUUAGUUUUCUUUUCUUUGCGUCGAAAGAGAAAAACGACAUCCACCUGAAACAUUCCUCUUGUAUACACUCCUAAGUCGAUUAUCUCAUUUCGAGACGAUUAUGGUGAUGCUAGUCCUCAUUUUUCAUUCAUUAUUAGCUACUCGCUUGAUGAAAUUGUCCAAUGGGAAUCUAUUUCUUGCUCUUCCUUUCUUCCACCUUCUUCCACCUUUUCUUUUUUUGGGCUCUCUCUUUCUUUCCUAUCUCUCUUUCUCUCACUUUUUUUCUGUUUUGCAUAUGAUCGAUUCCCCCCUUUUUUUUCGGAGGGCUGCCAUGUUUUUUUUUUUCCUCUUUUUUUUUUCCUCCUUUACGAAGGAAGACACAUUAAAAAAAAAAGAAACAGGAUGCAGUGUUUCUCGAGCAACGAACAAAACCUAGUCUCGGUGUUUCAAAAAAAAAGAAAAAAAAAAAAAAAGAUUAAAAUUGUUUACUACAAAAAGAACGAUCGUCACGUAGACUUAAUAAUGUCGAAAAAUUGAAAUGCGUUCAACAUCGGGACUCGAGUUUAUUUUAUACCGCGAAAAAUGUUCUCUUUUCUUCUGGCUUCUCGCGUCUGUCCUCCUCCAUUAUUCGCCCCUUGUCAUUUUCGAAAGCCUCCCACAUUCCCUUUGAUGCAUAUAUAAUAACUUAUCAAUAUUGUGCCGUUAUCCUAUUGACAUAGAGUUAACCAAAAGAGACCUGUGUAAACUAAAUACGAAGACGAUCAAGACCUCAUUCCAUCCGUUCAGGGCUCGUCGUCCCUUCUUUUGUUAGAUUUAAAAAUUCAUUUUUUAUUUUUUUCAAAUCAACAAGCAAUUUUAAUUCUGGUCAAUUGUUUCCUAUAGAAAAAAAGUCAAACCUCACCGAAUAAUUAAUAUUAGAAUGCAUUUGGUAACAAACAGUUGCUGGAAAUCAGGUGAGCAGCGCGUUCACAUGUCGUUAAUAUGCGAAUCAAAUCAGAAAUCCUCCCCUCCAGAUCCAAAUUUAUUUAUACGCUAUGACAAAUAACGAAUAUAAUUAACAUAAUAUAUUAAAAAGGAGAAUGUUUCUUUUUUUUUUUUUUUUUAAAUAGCGGGUCGAAAUAAGUAUCCAUAUAUUAACCUGAUAACAAAUAUUAGACUAUCUAUUUUGUUUUCGGCCUUUUUGCGUGACCGUUGGCGUGAGUGUACUUCCUAGUCAGGGAAAUUAAAAUUUACCUAUUUUGCGGCUCUUUGUCUACUUAAAACGGACUGCGCAAGCAACACACACGAUCCCCUAAAGGUAUGACGAAAAAACAGAACGAGCGAGAAAGAGCAGAGAACUCGAUUUCGAGUGACGUGUUUUGUCCCCCGCUUUCUCGUGUUUUUCUAAUACCUCCGCAGGGAUUGAGUUGCGUUGAUUGCCAGUUUGUGCAUACAGCGCGCAAUAAUUUUACUCUCCCCACACAUUGUUUAUUUUGUCGACAGUCAAUAAUUAUAUACAUGUCCUCUAUGCCCUUCCCUCCUUCCCCCCAUUUUUGAUCUUCUCGUGUCUUGUUCUUCCUACUCCAUUCAAUGGCAAUAAUGAAAACCAUUGGUGUAAUGGAAAGCUAGUCGUACCAAAGAUACAUGCUGGCAGCUAUAUUCUUUUAUGUCUUUCUAUCCUUCUUUAAUGUUUACGAUGCGUCCUGUCUGAGAGCGACGCGUCUAGUGGACGAGUCUCAUCAUCUCAUGUCUCAUUUGAAUCGAUCUGCAUGCAAUACCUCCUCCAAUGGUGAUCCAGUUUGAUCUCUCUUUUGUGCUUCAUUCCUAAUGAAAUUAUCUCCUGUUGCUGGAAUCGCUUGUCACGUCUUUCCCUCCCUUCCAAUUAAAAACAAAAACAAUUCAGCUUUCAAAACCGAUCUCUUGUGGGUAUAAACCCCCCCACCAACUGUCAGAGCCACACAUUUAUUGAAAAAUGGCGCGUGUGUGCAGUUCGUAUCAUGUGAUGAAAUUACUGUUGUAUUUUAGCUGUCCUCGACUUUAAUUCGACUUCAAUUCGUGUGUUUGUCCCGUUCAUGAAAAAUGUUGUCUACGACUUUUGAAUUCGUUCCCAAUUAGGCGCGAUGGGUUUCAGCUCCAUUGUUUUUAAAUCUUAUACUUUUAUUCGGUUACAAGCUGAAACCCAAAAUACAGUCGCCGGGAGUCAUUCGAACAGCAAUAAUACUUUGGUAGUGUUGGGAUUCAACCGGAAUGGGCCAGCCACCCCAAAAAAAAAGAAGAGGAUUAGAAAGAACAAACAAAAAAUGUGCUGGCCUGAUGAUGGGAAUGCCCUUUUAUUUAGAAACGAUUAACACUUGAACGAAAUAAAAAUGAUUGUGUGCAAAUAUCUAAAAUCGCGAUAUACUCUGAAUGCAAAAAAUAAUAAUAAUAAUUAAAACGAAUAAAGUAAAGCCCUAUCGAAUAAGGUGAAACCCUCACUUUUGUUUCAUAUGCAUGGCGUAGUGUCUGCUGAACGCCCCCAAUAUCAAUGGCCUAGCAAAACCUUUAGCUUUUUAUCUUUUGGUUCUUUGUAGGCCAGAGCUAUGCGGAAGCGCUUCUUAAAAGACCUAUACCGACCUUUUCUCUAAUCACUUGAACGAGUCGUCUUUUUAGAAUGUUUUGAGCUUUAACUCUGGUGUGGACAUUGUCUCCCAUUUUGCGCUGUUUCAUCGAACGCCCUUUAACUUUUGAUUUCGUGAAAUGACGUGCGUAUAACUCUGCCGCCUGCAAUCGAAAUGUUCAUCCUCUGCCCGACUUUUGUUGGCCUGUUAUAUUUCUGUCUCUUUUUGGUUAACGUCAUCACGACUUUGCGUAACCCCCCGAUUCAUUCAACACCAUCCCCACAGGACGCAUUUUUUUGUUCUUCAUUUAUCAUUUUUGAUCCUUGUCUUCGUUAUGCGGACCUGUUUGAUUCACGGAAACAUCGCACAUUCCACAUCGAUCGUAUACUGUUCAUUCCAAGGAAGAAACUUUCAAAAUAAAUCGAACGAAGAAAACCGACGAAUCCCUAUUCAUUUUGCCGUGCUGUGUACAUACGAAAACAUUGUCCGUUUGAAGUACUAUUAUUAUACAUAAUGCUCAAAUUA